AGGCCGUCAGCACCGCCUGUGUAUAAACAGUUGGCAAGAAACAAAACCGAAAAACAGAAGUUUGUGUUGAAAUGGCAUCGUAAAACCAAUUAAUCCCAUUUCACAUUUUGCAAGAACGACUCAGAAUAUCCAUAUAUGAAUGUGUGUGUACAUAGAAACGUCGGAGAUAAAGAACGGAGAAGGGGAAAACAUCAAAAUAUACGGAACAUAUGGACGUAGACUUUAAGAUAACGAAACAAGUAUUCCCAAGCAUUCCCGAUAAUAUAUAAUGGUGGCGGCGAAGUACGAGCGUUUAAAUUCCAGUGCUGAGGUGGGUGAAAUCGGAAAUGCCAGCGAUGCGGAAGACGAGGAGAUCGAACUCGAUCUCACGCAGCAUUCGCAGUUGAAUAAUGGAAAUCGUUUACGGCAGAUAUCGGGCGGCAGUCCGGGAAGCACGGAAGCCACCACUUCGGCACAGGAAAACAUGAUGAUGCAAAUGGCCGUGGGCACUCUAUUCAUUAUCCUUUUGUAUCUGACGCUGUCCAUAUCGCUGACCUUCUACCAAACGGACAUCAACCGGCAGAUGCACUUUCCCCUGGCCAUUGUGUCCUAUCACCUGGUAAUCAAAUUCCUCCUGGCUGCCUUGGCGAGAAGGAUCUACAGGAUGCGGGUGGGCAGGUCGAGGGUUCAACUGGAUUGGCGGGUGGCCCUGAGAAAAAUGGCACCCACGGGAGUUGCCAGUGCCAUCGAUAUUGGAUUCUCCAACUGGGGAUUGGCUUUGGUCCCGAUUUCGCUAUACACCAUGACCAAAUCCUCGACCAUUGUUUUUAUCCUGCUGUUCGCCAUCGCAUUGGGACUGGAGAAAAAGAGCUGGUAUCUGGUGUCGGUUGUGGGCCUGAUAGGCACUGGGCUGGUGAUGUUCACCUACAAGUCCACGCAGUUCAAUGCCCUGGGCUUCUUCUUCAUUUUGUUCGCCUCGCUGAGCAGCGGAUUGCGAUGGAGUUUCGCGCAGUUCAUAAUGCAGAAAUCGAAGCUGGGAUUACACAACCCCAUCGACAUGAUAUAUUACAUGCAGCCGUGGAUGAUUGCCUCGCUGGUGCCUCUGGUUAUCGGAAUCGAAGGUGCCAAUCUCAUCGAAGUCCUGAAGCAUCUGCACAACCACACCUCGCAUGAGAUAAUCUGGGCGAUUGGGAAGAUAACAGCUGGUGCUUUAUUGGCCUUCCUCAUGGAAUUCAGCGAGUUUUUGGUGCUUUGUAAGACCUCCAGCCUGACCCUCUCGAUUGCUGGCAUCUUCAAGGACAUCUGUCAGUUGGCCCUGGCUGUGACCCUCAAAAAGGACCAACUGAGUUUUAUUAAUUACAUUGGCUUGACGAUUUGCCUGGCGGGCAUUGUUUGCCACCUGCUGCACAAGUACACCAGUAUGAAGGAGACGCAGAAGCAGCAAAGGGACCUGCAGUUCGAUAACGACCUGGAGGAGUCAUCCCCAAAGGAGUACAAAUUCAUCGAGGGCAAUGCCAAUGUGGGUGUGCACGUGAAAUCGCAUUCCAAGCUGACGGUGCCAUUACUGGAGCAAACCGAUUCCGAGGACGAAUCUGGUCAUGAUCCCAACAACAAACAGAACGCCUCCGAUGUGAUCUUUGAUGUGCUGAAACGACGCGACAUGCAGCGAUGAAAGUCGUUCGCUGUACAGAUGUCCUGUAAAUGUUGUAAAUUCAAAAGACAUUUAUGUUUACAAACCACUUACCCCACGAAACUACUUACGAAACUACUGGGAUAGCAAUGCAGGUUUAAGUAAGUUAGUUAGUUUGAGAUUUCCCAAUCCUUUCAAAACAGACGAUUUCCCGAUUAUUCCGCUUUGUGCAUUUAGCUGUUAGGCUAGAAUUAUGAGAUAUGUAUCAAAUUUAAGUGUAUGAGCUAUCCUGGUAUGAAAAACAAUUUUAGGGACGAAAGGUUAUCUUUGGACAAUAUUAAGUAGCCUUUCAACAGGUUCUGGCAUUUAUUUUAGUUCAGGGAAUUGAAAGUUGUAAUAAAUUUGUUCACUUUCUACACAUAAUAGAAUUUAUUAAAUUAAUUAAACACUUCUCACAAUUUUUUUAAGACCUUUAAAAAAGUCAAUAAUAACCCUCUGUCAACCAAAUUAAUUGUAAUUAUUUAACUAACAAAAUAAUAACAACAGUCCAAAGUCAACUUCUUAGUCCCAAAAACUAUCUCUUUUUUUUUCGUAAAAACUCACUAUUAAGUCUCAGAAAAUAUGUAAAGAUACGAAAUAAGAAAGCCUUAAAGAUCGUUUGAUUGUUCCUUAAAUGACAGCCCUCAUUUAUUAUUCCAAAAUGUAAAUGUACAUUUUUAGUUAUAGGAAGUUUUGAAAUUGGCAGCUCCCUAAAAUUUCUGAUAAAAUUUAACAAGGGCCAUUGUUUUUGUAUUAAAUUA